AUGUCUUACCCAUAUCCUUCGCAUUUUCUUCCCCUCGGUUCCGACAUGGAGGUCCCCAAUUCUGGCUUCGCGCCUAGCUACGACGCACCAGGCUCAGGCCAAGCAUCGAUGGACCAGGGGACCCACGAGCCAACAGACCAGGAGCGUAGAGAUUCCAUCUUACAGGCGAGUCGUCGAAAAUCGAAACGCUCCAUGAACAAGCCUAAUGUCAGACUGCGGCAGGCCAAUAUCUCUGAUUCAAGUCAGUCUGGCCAAGCUGGGGACAAGAAGAGGAACAAGCUGGGCUAUCACCGGACCUCGGUAGCUUGUGUGCCUGUCUCGAGCACUACAGCGUCUUCUCAGCCCUACGAUUUUGCGAAUCCCCAAAUCACGAACUGGGCAUCACCAGAUGUUAGUUCCAACUAUGCAACAAAGCCAGGUGACUUGAAGGAAACGAAGAAGUCUUACGCUGAACAGUCCCCGAUUACUCCGUCUCCGUCGUUCUCGCCGUAUACAUCUCAAGCCCCACCGUCGGCCAGCUGGAGCAACGCAGACAUCAAUGCUCAAAACAAUAUGGGCUAUUCGUCAUUCACAAUAGGGAACCCUAUGGCAUACCCAAGAGGCACACAGAUACCUACACAAUACCCCACGAUGUCACACCAGGGCCGGCAGUUCCCCAGAAGGUCUUCGGCGGCGAUGACGACCGACAUGUACACGAACCCGAUUGCGACAAGUUUCCCAACUAUGGACCCGCACACUGUUUCCAUGUCUGCAGGUGCCAACCCGCCUUCAGGUUACGGUACUUGGCCACAGCAACAGCAGCAGCAGCAGCAGCCCCCCUACGGCUAUCCUAGGCCAUCCGAGGGAUACGACACUUGGACAACUUAUGACAACAGUAGCGGAAGCUAG